GCGCGCCCUCACCACACUCUCCGCAAUUGCUGCUGCAGCGCCUCCAAUUCGCCCUCUCCGUCUCUGCACACACCCCACCGACUGCCUUGACAGCGCAUUCACAAUGGUCCACAAGGUCCUUUUCUGGAGCGGGCUCGGCGUGGCCACACGGCUGUGGCAGCUGGGCAUUGAAAAGCGCCCGCUCUUCAACAAGGAGUCUCUCUGGGUCUACCCCAUCUUCGCCGGCAUUGGCGGCAGCUUCGGCUACUGGCUCACGGGCGUCGAGCAACGACAAUUCCGAAUCCUCGCCGACCGACGAGACGCCCUGCUUGAGAAGCGAGCACGAAGGAAGGAGCGCGAGGAGGCUGCCGGCGGAUCCUCGUAGGCGCUCGUCGCAGGCAGAGGCACGGCCAUGGGAGUGAGGGGUAGGUUGGGAAUGACGUUUGGGGUAGCCGUAACCACGUCCAAGGCAUCACCGCAAGUCGCACAUGUGCUGUGACUACGCCAGGUUUCACGCAAUGUUCGUGCUGAGGCAAGAAGAGGGAUGGAAUCUCACGAGGGAGGGGUGCGCGUUAGAAGCAGUCUUCUACCAUGUCUGAGCUGGGGGCUCGUUUGUACAAAUCCCUCCAUGUUACACUUUUUACAAAAUACAACCCCUACAAAC